GGGCUCCGACACUUCAGCGCAUCCAUGGCUCGCCGAGGGCGCUUGGAUAUCCGAAUCCUUCCUGCGGCGGAGUGAGCAAGCAGCCCCCUGAAAGACGGCGAGGUCGACGGGCGCGAGGAGACGAACGUGUGGCCGGAGCGAGCGCGGGGAUCCGGUCCUCCUCCCACUCCCCGAUCUAUUUAUGCCACCCGCGCCACACGCAUCGCCACUAGAACUCGGCGGCCGGGGAUCGGAGCACGCACGCAAACCCUCAGCAGAUCGAUCGAUCUCCCCCUCCGAUCGGGAUCGUCAGGGAGCAAGGAGGAGGGCGAAGAUGUCUUGGCAGACGUACGUGGACGAGCACCUUAUGUGCGAGAUCGAGGGCCACCACCUCACCUCGGCGGCGAUCCUCGGCCACGACGGCGCCGUCUGGGCUCAGAGCGCCGCGUUCCCGCAGUUCAAGACCGAGGAGACGGCCAACAUCAUGAAGGAUUUCGAUGAGCCGGGGCACCUCGCCCCGACCGGCCUGUUCCUUGGACCCACGAAAUACAUGGUCAUCCAAGGCGAACCUGGCGCUGUCAUCCGUGGCAAGAAGGGAUCUGGCGGGAUCACGGUGAAGAAGACUGGGCAGGCACUCAUCAUUGGCAUCUACGACGAACCGAUGACUCCCGGGCAGUGCAACCUGGUGGUGGAGAGGCUCGGCGACUACUUGAUUGAGCAAGGCAUGUAGCCGCCUAUAGACGAUAUGGUUCCAAAAUAAUAAACACAUUGCAACUGCAUGUUGCCGCGUUUGCCUGGCCCUUCUUGUUACCACCCUGCCUAUUGCUCCUCUGGACAUUUUCAAUUCUGACUUCGUCGCUUUGGUUCACAAUUUUUCGAUCAUUUGGCUGUUUUGUGACUUGUGUGUAAUGAACACUCUUUACGAGUGUCGUCUAGUUUACAAUGCAGGCAACAGGCAGAUAUAUUUUGUGCAAUGCUAGUAAUAUUAGAGCAACUCCAAUAGUUCCAUAUCUCUCU